AAAAAAAUUUGGCAUCUCUUCCCCCCUCAAGUUUCUGGUGUCACUUAUGAAACACGGGUCCUGUUGCUGCAGAGCAGUUGUUUUGCUGGAAGGAGGGAGUGCGCGGGCUGCCCCGGGCUCCUCCCUGCCGCCUCCUCUCAGUGGAUGGUCCCAGGCACCCUGUCUGGGGCAAGGGAGGGCACGGGCCUGCACAUUGAAGGUGGGGUGGGACCAGGCUGUUCCUCGUCCCAGCAUCCAGGUCCUCCCUUGGGCGCCCGUGGCCCUGCAGACUCUCAGGGCUAACGUCCCCUGUUGCCUUUUGGUCCCACCUUAGAAGAAGCUCCGCUUGACUAAGAGUAGCUUGAAGGAGGCACCAUGCAGGAGCUGCAUCUGCUCUGGUGGGCGGUUCUCCUGGGCCUGGCACAGGCCUGCCCUGAGCCCUGCGACUGUGGGGAAAAGUAUGGCUUCCAGAUCGCCGACUGUGCCUACCGCGACCUGGAGGCCGUGCCGCCUGGCUUCCCUGCCAAUGUGACUACACUGAGCCUGUCGGCCAACCGGCUGCCAGGCUUGCCAGAGGGUGCCUUCAGGGAGGUGCCCCUGCUGCAGUCGCUGUGGCUGGCACAUAAUGAGAUCCGCACGGUGGCCGCCGGCGCCCUGGCCUCUCUGAGCCAUCUCAAGAGCCUGGACCUCAGCCACAAUCUCAUCUCUGACUUUGCCUGGAGCGACCUGCACAACCUCAGUGCCCUCCAAUUGCUCAAGAUGGACAGCAACGAGCUGACCUUCAUCCCCCGCGACGCCUUCCGCAGCCUCCGUGCUCUGCGCUCGCUGCAACUCAACCACAACCGCUUGCACACAUUGGCCGAGGGCACCUUCGCCCCGCUCACUGCGCUGUCCCACCUGCAGAUCAACGACAACCCCUUCGACUGCACCUGUGGCAUCGUGUGGCUCAAGACAUGGGCCCUGGCCACAGCAGUGUCCAUCCCGGAGCAGGACAACAUCGCCUGCACCUCACCCCAUGUGCUCAAGGGCACACCGCUGAGCCGCCUGCCACCACUGCCAUGCUCGGCGCCCUCAGUGCAGCUUAGCUACCAACCCAGCCAGGAUGGUGCCGAGCUGCGGCCUGGCUUCGUGCUGGCGCUGCACUGUGAUGUGGAUGGGCAGCCGGCCCCUCAGCUUCACUGGCACAUCCAGAUACCCAGCGGCAUUGUGGAGAUCACCAGCCCCAAUGUGGGCACUGACGGGCGUGCCCUGCCCAGCACCCCUGCGGCCAGCUCACAGCCGCGUUUCCAGGCCUUUGCCAAUGGCAGCCUGCUUAUCCCCGACUUUGGCAAGCUGGAGGAAGGCACCUACAGCUGCCUGGCCACCAAUGAGCUGGGCAGUGCUGAGAGCUCAGUGGAUGUGGCACUGGCCACACCCGGCGAGGGUGGUGAGGACACACUAGGUCGCAGGUUCCAUGGCAAAGCGGUUGAGGGAAAGGGCUGCUAUACGGUUGACAAUGAGGUGCAGCCAUCAGGGCCAGAGGACAAUGUGGUCAUCAUCUACCUCAGCCGUGCUGGGAACCCUGAGGCUGCAGUCGCAGAAGGGGUCCCUGGGCAGCUGCCCCCAGGCCUGCUCCUGCUGGGCCAAAGCCUCCUCCUCCUCCUCUUCCUCACCUCCUUCUAGCCCC